AUGACUGGAAAUUAUGUAUCUCCUGAGGACAAUUGUGAGCUAACAAACGAUCAAAUUUAUCUUAGAUAUCAAGAUACAGCUUUAGUGAUAUUUAAAGAACACCGAAACGUUCAAAAUAUAACGAAUUUUCUUACCUUUGGGAAUAGUCGGAAAACAUUAGUAUAUAGUAAUAAUGGUAAUCAACCUAUAAUUCUUCGACGACCUUUCGAAGUUAAUGAAAGAAGUAACAGAAAUUUAAAAUCACAACUACUGACAAUAUAUUAUAGAUCAAGUAAAAAUUGUACUAUCAGUUAAUAAAUAAUGAAAUAAAUAAUAUAAAAAUUAUUCUUCAAUAGCUUC